GAGCCCGGCCCGGCCCCGGCUCCAGACAGCCCCUGCCCGACUCCGGCUCCGGUCAGCCCCCGGCAGAGCCCGGCCCGGCCGGACGCGCCUCCUGCCGGCGGGCGGGGGCGGGGCGGGGGGCGCCCCGCGGCGGGGGAUGCGCGGCCCGCGGCAUGGCCUCGGCGGUGUUUGAGGGCACCUCGCUCGUGAACAUGUUCGUGCGCGGCUGCUGGGUGAACGGCAUCCGCAGGCUCAUCGUCAGCCGGCGCGGCGACGAGGAGGAGUUCUUCGAGAUCCGCACCGAGUGGUCGGACCGCAGCGUGCUCUACCUGCACCGCAGCUUCGCCGACCUGGGCCGCCUGUGGCAGCGCCUCCGCGACGCCUUCCCCGAGGACCGGCCCGAGCUGGCACGCGCCCCGCUGCGGCAAGGACUGGUUGCCAUAAAGGAGGCCCACGAUAUAGAGACCAGGCUGAACGAGGUGGAGAAGCUGCUGAAGACCAUCAUCGGCAUGCCGUGUAAGUAUUCUAGGUCAGAAGUCGUGCUCACCUUCUUUGAAAGAUCUCCUCUGGAUCAGGUGUUAAAAAAUGACAACGUACAUAAAAUUCAACCCAGCUUUCAAAGUCCGGUGAAAAUCUCAGAAAUCAUGAGGUCCAAUGGAUUUUGUUUAGCAAAUACAGAAACAAUCGUUAUUGACCACAGUAUACCAAACGGAAAAGACCAGCGCCUGGCUGUGGACCCAGCUGAGCAUCUGUUUGAGAACGGCAGUGAGUUUACCUCAGAACUGGAGGAUGGCGAUGACCCAGCAGCUUAUGUCACCAACCUGUCCUAUUACCACCUGGUCCCCUUUGAGACGGACAUUUUGGAUUGAAUCGCCAGUGGGCCCCACAUCUGCAGCCCUCGACUGCUGCUUCUGCUGCUGUCCACUGCACCAGCUCCAAAGGCCAGAGCUUCUGUCCCGGGCCUCGGUCUGGCGGUGCCUGCAGGGGCCAGCCGGGCUCUGCUCCCAGGCCGCACCCGGCAGCCUGCACCCAGGAGGCCCGCGUGUCCUGUGUCCUGUGAGUGGCACAGCAGGGGUCUCCAGGGUCAGGGCUGACCCCAAGGUUUCCAGUAGCCAGAUCAGGUCAUGGGAGUCCCCACAUGGCCUGCUGCUUCGGAGUGGCCUUCCAUCUCCACUGGCGCAACCAGCCUGUUUCUGCGUUCCUGAGACUCGCUCCCCACCGUGUGUGGAGCCGCAAGUGCCUGCAGGACCCCCAGGGCCUCUCCUGGGUCCUCCUUCGCUGUCACUGCUUCCUGGGGAGGAGCCUUCCUCUUGGUACCGUGGCCCAGGAUCGCUGGCCUCCCCUCCCUCCCCACCGUUCCCUCACACCACAAGCGCACAAAACACUUUGGGGCGAUUUUGAUGAGUUGCCAGGUUCUGGACCCGUGGGCAGGGCAUGUUAGGUAAUCCGGAUUUCCCUGGGAACCAGGAUAUGUGGCUUUCGUUUCUGUUUUUCAUCUUCUAUCUGGAAACUCUGGGCUUUGUGUCAGCCUAAGGGAGUGUUUACAGAAGGUUAGUCGUGAAUGGGGAGUGGGGCCCCGGGGUCAGGGGCCCAUUGAGCCCAGACUGAGAGGCAAUGAUUCUCCUCAAGAGGAACAGAAUUCCUGCCUGGCCCGCCCGCAUCCCUGCAGCCUCCAGAGUGGUCCCCGGGCCGUCUGAGGCUCGCCCCUCUGCUGUCCACCCAGCUUCACUGGUGCGGCUGCCAUAGUGCCCCGAGAGGACAGAUCAGGAGGGAGCCUGAGUCUCCGCGGGCUCCCUGGGUCCUGGGGGAGGGUCUGCGUCCUGCCCGUUUGUCUCUCCCAGUGUCUACUAACGACCCACAUUUGCUAGUGUAAAUAAUAGUAAAUUAUUGAGAAUCCUAA